AUGGCUCCGCGGAUCCGAAUGUUUUGGCACUCGGAAACCGACGACAUCCUAUGGAGACGUGCCGAAACUGAGAGUUUAGACUGUGCGAGGAUUCUGAAAAAUGACAAGGUUUCAGAUAUUUCCAGACUCUCGUGAUGUCUAGUAGCCUUCGAUUUUUCAGUCCUACAUCCAAAAGUUCACAGGUGAAGCGCGCAUAGCCCUUGUCCCGAAUCUCGAUUAUCUGGACAUGUCGUGUCGGGCCAUUCAGGCCAGAAUAGUCCCAUUUCGGUACCGAUUGAAACCGUUGAAAGUGGGCGUGGCGUUCGCGCGAGUCGUCUACAAGGACUACGAGUUUCUGGAGAAACAAGUGCAAAUGUCGUAUCAUCCUCAAAAUCACUUUUGUUUUGGCCUCGACUCGAAGGCCGACGUGGAUUUGAAGUGGCGCAUUCGGCGGAUCGGACGGUGUCUGCCGAAUGUGAUCGUGUUGGACGGUGAGUUGUUUGUCCGUUUCAGCGGAUCCAUAAUAUUUGAAAUGUUUUCGAAAAACCGUUAGCAAACGGAGAGGUCACCUAUUUUAAUUCUGAUCAAACACUUUUGAAACUGAUUUUGAUUUGCAAAAAAAAUAGAGAGAUCGUCAGAAAAAAGCAGCGGAAUGAGAAAAUUACAGUUUCAGAGAGUUCUCAUAAAACUUUCGACACUUGUUAACUAAUAAUUGCGCGUAGUUGAAUUCUUUUAUAGCCUUUUCAAUUUUCAGAGGAGCUUCCAAUCGAUUCGGCUGGUCAUAACAUGAAUUUCGCUCAUUUUGAGUGCAUGAAAACGCUCAUCAACAUUCCCAAUUGGGACUAUUUGGUUCUGAUGCAGGUGAGCGAACUUUCAUGCAAUUAAAAUGGACUACAUUUCACAAAUGUACCGGAUAUUUGAUGCUAUUGUGCAUUUUUGUACGUCCAAACACUUUUGUCAACUUUGAAUUGCAUCUGAAGCUUUUCACAGGCAAAAUGAACAAAAUCUGAUUUUUUUUUAUACAGUACAUUUAAUAGAAGAAAAGUGGCUACCGUAAUCCAAUUUUCAGAAUCAUGACGUCAUCGGCAAGUCAAUCUACGAAUUGUCUCGCAUUUUCGAGCUGCUGGGCGGUGCGAAUGACGUCGAAAUUGACAAGGAAUUCGGCAGAGUUGAUAAGAAAUUCCGAUGGGAUUUGGAAAGUUUACAACUGUUUCGAGAUGGUAAUCUGCCUUUCAAAUCAGUUUUUACAAUAGAAUUCAAGUUCAGAAUCCUCUAUUCCACCUGAAUUUCUCAAUAAAUCCCUACAAAUCGCGAAGGGAUCCGUUCAAGGAUCUCUGUCCCGGCCCGCUGUCGAAUGGAUGGUAGUGACUGUGAAUCCGAGCACAUUUCUGAAUCAAUGGAAUCAGGGAGUGGGUACCGUAACCCGCAGGAUCUCGUCUACAGUAAUCUUUUGAGGGUUACGGUGUCGAUGAGCAAUGGCUGGCCACGUUUCAAUCCAACGAGUUUCUGGCGAUGCCCGGCCAUUUUACGGGCGAAUGUGUGAAGGAGACCGGAAAACGGACGGAUUUCAUUUCCAGGUUCGUUUUCGGUUUCAAGUUCGGGUUAAAGGUCCCAUGAAGACGGUCCUACUAGUUGAGUUCCCUUGCAGAUGGAGUAAAUGGGCAUUCACGGACGAGAAGGACAAAAAGUGCGGGAGUCAGAGAGUGAGACACGGAGUGUGUAUUAUGGGUCUCGAGGACUUUCCGGUGGUGGCUCGGAUGCCUAAUUUGAUGUUCAAUAAGGUACCAACAAGUUUUAAAAUCCUUCUCUUACAAUGUGGGUGGUCCACCGUUACCCGUACAAAAUAAAAGUGUGUAAUUGCAAAACUAGAAGUCAGAAAGACAUGAGACUUCGCAAAACGUUUGUUAAGAUGUUUGACGAUAUUUAUAAGCUAAUAGUGAUGCACCCGACCUCCUUUCCUAACAAUCCUAACAAUAUUCUUUUUUUUUUAUCACUCCCCUACUUGUCUGCGGUUUAGCCUUUAUAUUGGCCUGUAAGACCCUUUUUAGAGUGAUUUAUUAUGGGAACGGGGUGCAGACUAAUCGGUGCAAUUUGGCUGAAACAAAUCCGUUUCGUCUGAGACUUGGCCAAAUAGUUUGGAACAUGAUAAUAUACAAAAUUUUGAAUUAGGUCCACACCAGAAUUGCGUCAGUACCUACGCGCGCCGCGUGAAACUUUUGUACGGGUAACGGUGGUCAACUCUAUACAUAUUGUUAUUCAAAAACACGAUCGGAACAAAUGAAGUGUCUGAAACUGAAACCAUUUGCAGAUGAUGCCCUCCUUCGACUACUCAAUAGUCGAAUGCACCGCCGAGUUGCUCUUCAAUCGGACGUUUUUGGGCCAGGAGGAUCAUCCAUUGGAGGAAGACUAUUACACGAAUAUGGUCAAUGUAAAUGAUAUGUAGUACUUAUAAUAUCAAAUCUCAAGUUCAGGUCGUCUAUCACAAAGAGCAUUUGAAACGGGACUUUGCGUUGAACUGCACUCCGGGUUAUAAGCCGUGGAACUUCCGAAAGUAUCCGUUGUGA